CAGCAUCGAUAUUUACAAAUUGUUAGUGUCGGUUUAGCAUGUUGGCAGUUGACUGCCUGUUUCGGAACGUGUUGGUUGAAGUCCUAUCGUUGUGCUGACAAUAAUUCGUUCGGUUCAUAAUGUCGGAAGAAAAGAAGACCGAAUAUCUGAAAACGGUUCUGCCAGGUAAAAUACUGCAGCAGUUAAAUCGCGAUGGGGACGAGAUACUGAAGGUGGAAUUAACUACUCCGGAGCAACUGGAUGGAUUUAUGUCAACUAUUCAUCGCUUAGUAUUGGUAGUGAGAAGGGGGAAACUGGGUGAGGAGGAAACAUUAAAUCUCAUGGUGAAGGUGAUGAAAGGGGACGACUCAUUUCGCGAGAACUGCAAAGCAAUCAUUCAAUUCUCGAAUGAAAUUUACAUAUAUUCUGAAGUACUGCCGUAUUUUAAACAACUACUUCUUUCUAGUGGCAGCCUUAUCAGUGGCAAUGAGUGGUGCCCACGAGUAGUAUUUGCUGCUGCGGGAAAGUUUCCAGAGUACAGUGAUCAAUAUGAAACGAUACUUGCAAUGGAGAACAUUUCAUUUGAAGGGUUCAUAUCUGGACCGCGAAAUGAUUUAGAUAAAGACCAUCUGGUGCUGAUGGCUAGAAAAAUCGCUCAGUUCCACGCAUGCACGUAUGCAAUGAGAAUAAUAAAAGAUAAAAAUUUAGAUCGGCUUGUACAGGGAAUAACACCAUUGAACUUUGUGGAGGGUGAAAAAGAAUUCCAUAGCUAUGCCGUAUUAAUACGACUGGGACUAGAGCGAGUGCUGGAAUAUAUAGAUGCACACCCAAAGGUACUGGAUAGCGAACAGUUCAAACUCGAUAUUAGCAAAUUACGAAACAAGUACGGUAAAUCACCUGUUCAUCUCCUGCAGAAGUUUUUGGAGCGGAACGAGUAUUCUGUAAUUUUGCAUGGCGACUACAACCGGAACAAUGUUCUUUUCAAGUACGAAGACGGGAAACCAGUCGACAUUCGAAUGUUCGAUUUUCAAGAAAACCGCUACGGCACUCCUUCGAUCGAUUUAACAUUUUUCAUGUGCAUGAGUAUGCCAACCGGUCUGAGAGAGCUUAUGUGGAACCCUCUGCUUGAACAAUACCACGAAAGUCUCCUGCAAACAUUAACCGGUAUUUUAAAAUGUGAACCGGAUGACAAACGGUUGGAGCCCUACACUUUCGAUAAUUUCAAGAAACAUUUGACUAGAUUCGGUCUCUAUGGAGGUUUGGUUGCGGCACAUUUUCUACCGUGGAUGAUGAGUCCGGAAGAGGAAUGUGCACAGCUUUCUUACCAUUUCGCGAAGGACCUUGAUUCACCAGAGAUGAAACACUGGACCAUGGUUAGUGGUGGAGAAGCAGUAGACAAGCGACUUGUCGAAAUUUUCAGGCAACUCAGUCAACUGGGAUACUUUUCCAUUAUCGAUGAAUAGUUGGUGGUUGAAAGAGUACAACGAUUAAUAUUUAAUAUUCAAAAUGUACAGGGAUAAUCAUAAUACGUAGGAAAAAUAUAUUAUUCUUUUAUUUAAAA